AUGUCAUCAACAUCAACAAGACCCUCCAUUCUGGGCUUCAAACUUUUCGCUCUCCUGGUCGUGUCGAUGCUCAUUCAUCUCGGCGGCGCAAUUCCGUCGUCGGACAUGAGUGCGGUCGUAUCGUCAUCUUCGUCGGGCCCUCUGGUCGCAAGAGGAUUCGAAACGCUCAAAAGUUUGUCCAAGAGGAGUGGGGAGAACCAACCCAUUGUGCCAGCAUGGUGAGCCCGACUUUGUUUCCAGUUCAGAUUCCUCGGCAACCGCCAAGGUGUGAAUUCCCUGAAACUUAAACCCUCUCUCCAACCGUCCAAAUACCCUUCAGUAUCACAGGUUGUAUCGCUCGCAACGCCGUGGCGACUUGGUGCGCCACAGACGACGCACAAUGUAUUUGUACUAUCCCGUCAUGGGUUCAAGAUGUCGGGUCAUGUUUCGCCAAGGCGUGUGGGAAUGAUUCGGCGGGGAUCGCGGUGGGAGUGGCUUAUACUGAGGCGGUGAGUUUACAAAGAAAGGAUGAGGGGGUUUAAAAGGGAGAGGAGGAUCUGAUUCGGUUUUGUCUUGCGUGGGGUGAUUUUCCAGUAUUGCAUGACGGCCGACGUCCUCGUGACGAUCUCGGUACCAUCGUCGUAG